AUGUGCCUGCGCCGUGCCCAUCCUUCAUUUCCGCUUCGUCCCGUCCCGACCCGUCCCGGCGCUUCCCGCCACCCGUAUCUCCGAGGAAAGGUCGCCCGCGGGGCUCGCCAUCCGCCCGCCAGGAUGUCGUACAUGCUGCCGCACUUGCACAACGGGUGGCAGGUGGACCAGGCCAUCCUGUCGGAGGAGGACCGGGUCGUGGUCAUCCGCUUCGGGCACGACUGGGACCCGACGUGCAUGAAGAUGGACGAGGUCCUAUACAGCAUCGCCGAGAAGGUUAAAAACUUUGCUGUUAUUUAUCUUGUGGAUAUCACUGAAGUACCAGACUUCAACAAGAUGUACGAGUUGUACGAUCCCUGUACUGUCAUGUUUUUCUUCAGGAACAAACACAUCAUGAUUGAUUUAGGUACAGGUAAUAACAACAAGAUCAACUGGGCAAUGGAAGAUAAGCAAGAGAUGAUUGACAUUAUAGAAACUGUUUAUAGAGGAGCCCGCAAAGGUCGAGGUUUGGUGGUAUCGCCAAAAGAUUAUUCCACUAAAUACAGAUACUGACGUGUCUUUGGGCUGCCUUUUCUCUCAACUCUACAUCCACUUGAAUUUAUUAUUGCGUGUGUACAUAUAUGUAUAUUAAAAAAAACAACCUACAAAUCCUUGAACUUUGAGCAUAAUUUUAAUUAUUUAAAAGGUUUAAAAUCUGUUUGAAAAGUAGAAGACUCAAAGCCUGUGACUGUCUUGACUGCAGUAUUAUUGUAGCUGAAUUUUGGGGUUUUAUUUUUUAAAGACUUUACUCUUUGUUGUCCUUUUGGUAUUAUGUAUUUUUGUACACAGAAAGCCUGUUUGGAGAAAAACAUUUUGACUGUUUUUGUCUGCUUUUGUUACAAAAAUAUCUGGGAAAACGAUAUUCUUUUUAAAAGAAUAAAGUGAGAGUUCCACAUAUUCACUUUAA